AUGGAUGGCCGAGGCUGGCGUAGCAUCCACUACGAUGUGUUGGACCCGGAGCGCUACCUUGAACCUCACCGUUUGCUGAGGUCUGUCUGGCCGUCCUUGGACACCUGCCCGCCUCCUGGCUAUCAGCCCCCGCCCCCUGCCGGCGAUGAGCGUGCUUACCUGGAGAGACAGCAUGCACCCAUACUCUCCAAACUGUUUCAAGCAACAAUCCCCGAACGUCUACGCCUGCAGAUGCCCAAACCUGUCAAGGCGGGUGAGAAGCAUGCAGGCACCUCUACUACCUUGGGCUGUAACCACAAGAAAGCCCGCCACCAGAAUCCAAACCGAAGCCCAAGCCCAACACCCCAUAGCCAAGGCCCUCUCCCAGAGGUCCUGGUCCUGUACAACCAACACAUGCCAGCUGAGGCGACGCUCCGCGUACGCGGCGAUGAAGGGCAUAGCCAACACCCCCAGACAGUCCCACCAGACCAAACACCCAACCCUGACCACGACGGGAUCAUACUCGACUACAUAUGCCCUGAGAACAAGGAAAAGUUUGGCCCGCUGGAGCCGGGCACCUUCCAUGAUGUCCUGGUCAACCAGCCAAUCUCCAACAACCAACGGGCAGAACCCUUCUACAUGAUAACUGGGCUCAAUCGCAAUGUGGUGCAUACUCUCUGCACACAGCCCGUAUGGUCCACAAAGGUUGGAACACUGUUUGUACUCCCCCACCCCCUCCCCCUGCCCACCUUUGCAGUGUCGCUCAUGAACUUCACAUGCCAUGACAACACAAAGGAGAAACUCCACGAGGUCUUAAGCUUCCUGCAUGAGAACCCGGCCUUCUGCAACAUGGUGACGGUCAGCGCGACCGAGCUCAAUGUGGCCGACAUUGACAGCCCGGCGGGGGCCGACAAACACAUGGAAAGCGACCUCUGCAUGGUAGAGCUACAACCCCUCAAGAUCCCCCGAGGUGACAAUGAGGGAUACAAGUCACGCUGGAACCUCUACAUCAACUGCCUGAUCCCACCCAAACACCACUCAGACUGGGCGGAGAUGCUCCGAAGCUUUGAGUACAAGGCCAAAUGGGGCACGGGCACCAACGGCGGUCACAUGCGCUGCUCAUACUGCUCAAGCGUAGACCAUCAACGUGCAGUAUGCAAAUUCCAGGCACUCCCAAACUGGUUCGACACCAAGCACACUGCCCCCAAGGCCAUCCCGGGUCAAUCCAUUGCGCCCGUCAUCUCCAACUCCCAUGGCAAGAAGGGGGCUCCAAACAACACUCUGAGAGUAACUGCGGAGGGAACAAACGGAGAGGAGGCAGAGGCUCUGGCGGUAGGAAGUAGGACCCUGACUCCUGACUCCCGAUAG